AUGAAACUAAAAGAAAUCGUACGGACGGCGACAUUCGCCUGGUCGCCUGGGUUCGAGCCUACGAUUGCAACUGGCACUGUUGCUGGUGCUCUCGACGCGUCGUUCUCGAAUGAUGCUCAUCUCGAAAUAUGGAGUCCAGACUUGCAUGAUCGCAACACUACACUUGGCGCAGAAGGGGGAGUCGGCCCAAAGGGAAAAGUAACAAUAUCGUCCAGAUUCAAUCGGCUUGCCUGGGGAUACGCGAAUCCCGAUCGACCAUUGGGAGUACUCGCCGCUGGUUUGGAAUCAGGCCAUCUCGAACUUUGGGAUCCCGCACAGAUUACGCACGAAACCGAUGUGUCCUCUGCUCGAUUGCUGCAAAAUAGUACACACACUGGCCCCGUACGCGCUCUACACUUUAAUCCCCUUCAAACUUCACUUCUCGCAUCUGGAAGCGUCGGCAGCGAGCUUUAUAUCUGGGAUCUGAAGAAUCCUUCCACACCUUACACUCCCGGUGCUCGGUCCCAACGCCUAGACGGGAUCAGCGCUCUUGGGUGGAACGCCCAGGUAGCGCAUAUCCUUGCCAGCUCAAGUUUGAGUGGCUACACCGUUGUUUGGGAUCUUCGCGGUAAACGAGAAGUCGUCGCUUUACAGUAUGGAGGCGGUGGAGGCCCCGUAGGUGGGCCUGGUGCUGGCCCUGGAGUCGGCAGUGUAAGGAGAGGAAUGAGCGACGUUGCUUGGCACCCGGAUAACGCUACACGCUUAAUCACUGCCUCCGAGGACGAUUCACAACCGGUCAUAAUGCUUUGGGAUUUGCGUAACGCCCGCGCUCCCGAACGUAUCCUUCAAGGACACGAGCGAGGCGUACUCAGCAUCGCAUGGUGCUCUCAAGAUCCUGAAUUACUGCUUAGUUGCGGCAAGGACAACCGCAGCCUUGUCUGGAACCCCAAUUCGGGCGAAAUCGUUGGACAGCUCCCUCCUUCGAACAAUUGGUCCUUCCUCACGUCUUGGAACCCUCGCAACCCUGACAUCUUUGCAACUGCUAAUUACGACGGGUCGAUCGCUCUCCAUUCUAUCCAAUCGACAGCUCCCACUUCGGCAACGACCACCACACCCAAGGCUCCCGCCAAUCCAAAUGAUAUAUUUGAUCCCGCUAAUUUUGCUGAUACGGCGGAUGCACAGAAUUUGGGAAGCAGUGUCAACUUGGAGCGUGCUCCCAAAUGGUUGAAGACUCCUGUUGGAGCGAGGUUUGGAUUUGGCGGUGUUCUCGUAGAGGUGACCAAUACUGGCAAGUGCGGCGAAGACGAGAAGAAGCGCGGAAAAGUCCAGAUCAAGCACGUCGUCGGCGAGUCGGAAGUCGUGGAACGCGCCAAAGAGCUCAUCAAGGCCGAAGACGAGGAAGGCGGAAUGAAGACGUUUGUGGAAAACAGAGCGGGCAAAGUGGCGUCCAAAGAGGGCUCGGAAACCGUUGCUGAAGCCGCCAAAGAUUCGAAAGAUACUUAUUCCACCCUCCUCGCUCUUUUCGACUCGGACCCCAAGUCGGCUUUAAUUAAACUUGUCGGUUAUGACGCUUCUCCUGCGGCCCUAGACGAGGCUUUGGCUGCUGUACGUGCUAAAACAUAUGAGCCGGUGGUCUCCUUUGCUGCCGAGGCCACGCAUGUCCCCCACUCCCCUGUCGGCGAAGAACCCGAAGGCGCUCCGACCGAGCACGACGACAAAGAGGACGACGAACAGGCGAGCGAGGGCACGGACGUGCCAGGUGCAGCUCCCAGCGAAGUCAGUGCUUUCAGUUCGGAUGCCAAACAGGUCGAUGCGGCUAGUACCGCAACCGAACCUAGUCUAUUUGGCGAUGAGCCGGUGGGAGCUGCCCCUGGUCCUGCUGCUGGAGAUUUUUUCAACACUCUGGCAAGCGACAAUGAUACUUUGCCAACCCGCCCUCGCGCCGCCCUCGUCCCUCACCUAUCCUAUACUGGUGAAUCCAGCGCAGCUGCCACAAUCGGCUCUCGCGCUUCGAGCGUUGCAGGCGAUGCUCCUCCCACUCCAUCAUUCCCUGCCAAAUCUUUCCGCAUGCAUCCUAAAAAGGAGGACGCGACCUCUGCCCUCGUCACUCGCGCACUAAUCACCGGUAACCUCGAUACUGCCGUUGAACUGUGCAUCCAAGCCGGUCGAUGGGCCGACGCUCUGCUCCUUGCCCAAGGCGAGGGCCUGGUGAUGCGAACCCGAAUGGCGUAUUUCGACCAGGCCGGGGAUAGCGCGGGCGGAUAUUUGCGCGUAUUCAAGGGCGUUGUCCAAGGCAAAAAGGGUCUCGCCGAGCUCGUUCGUGGAUCUGAAGUCGGAGAAUGGCGCGAGAUGCUAGUUGUUUUGUGCCGAUGGGCCGAGGGCGACGCGUUUGCAAGCCUAGUUGGAGAGCUCGGAGAGCGGGUGUGGUCCGCCGCCGAGAUGGCCAAGGAGGAGAAACGUGAGGCUGCUCGAGUAUGUUUUAUGGCCGGAAAGAAGCUCGACAAGCUGGUUCGGAUUUGGGAAGAAGAGGCGCGCGAGGAGGAGCAGGUGGGCGAGAGCCAAGGUGGAAACUAUGGAAUUCGGGCCAAGGCCGUCCAAGGAUUCGUCGAAAAGGCGGUUGCGUUCUCGACUGCCGUUGGGUUCGUCGAUUCGGAUCUUUCGUCUUCGGCCAACGAGGACAAGACUUACCCGCUAGCGUCUCUCUACGACCAGUUCCUCGAGUACGCUCAAAUUCUAGCCUCACAGGGCUUGGUCUCCGAGGCAGUGCGUUAUGUUGAACGGGUUCCAGCUGGAUAUGGAGAUGUACAAUGGCUAAAGGGUGCGUUCGAGAAAAAGGUUAAUGGGACGGCGAGUACUUCCAAGGGCACUUAUGGUGCCACUGCCUCGGCUGGUACUUACAGUGCCCCCGCGACCGGUCCUUAUGGUGCCACACCUUCCGGACCCUACGGUGCUGCUGCUCCGGGACCCUAUGGCAGCGUCGGAUAUAAUCCUCCAUCUACCCAACCAUCCGCUCCCUACGGCGUUCCUCCAGCGUCAACGUCGGGACCCUAUACCGCACCACCCUCCUCAUCGGGUCCUUAUGGUGCCCCUCCUACGACCACUGGCCCAUACGCGCCUCCUCCCUCCACAACACCAUCGAAUAUCAAACCGACGACGACCGCGUACGGGGCUCAAGGAGGAUACAACCCACCAGGCCUUCCGUCUGGGCAACAGGCGGGCUACGGCGCUCCAGGCCAACAAUCUUAUGGUCAGACAGUAUACCAGAGCCAACAGCCCGGGUUCCGAGCCCCAAUGGUUCCGGUUCCUCCCCCGCCGGGGCCAAUGAUCCCUCCUCCACCUCCCACUAUCGAUCAGCCCUCUGGUCCGCCACCUCCACGAAUUAUCCCCGCUUCCCAACGACGUGACAUUCCCGGCUGGAACGACGCUCCCAACGUUACCGUACCUCAGAGACGUACGCCUGCCCCUGCUGUGGGACCUGCAGCCGCAAUUACGAGUCCAUUCCCCAAUUCCCCAGCGCCUGGCUCACCGAUCACCUCUGGGCCACCAAGAGGAGUGGGUACGCCACAGAGGGUGAUAUCUCCGCCGGGGGGCCCGCCGAGAGGAAUGUCCCCUCAGACCGGUCCACCUAGGGUCGGUGCGACUAUUCCUCCGCCCCCUCGUCCGCACAGUGGGGGCUAUGCACCCCCUCCGCCGUCCAGUUUUGCGCCACCCCCAGGCCCCGGACAAUAUGCCCCUCCACCCCAAAAUAGCGCCGCGUACGCACACCCGCCAUCACAAGGUGGGAGUGCAUACGCUCCUCCACCUCCACCUCCUGGCGUCAACCCCGGCGCGCCUCCUCCACCACCGAGUGGUUCAUAUGCUCCUCCCCCAGGCCAGUCCCAUCCACCUCCACCUCCACCUCCCUCCGGCACGACUUGGACCCCGCAGAGUGGCCCGCCUCCACCACCGGGAGGGGCGCCUCGAACAGGAACACCAACUGCCCCGCCCGCCAAAGCUGCGGCCAAGGCGCCCAAAUAUCCUCCGGGGGAUCGGGAACAUAUCCCGGCAUCGGACAAGAUCAUUUUCGAGGUCUUGAGUGAACAUCUCGGGAAAUUAAGGCAGAAUACGCCGCCACAGCAAAAGCGGAUGGUGGACGAUAUAGAGCGGCGUUUAAAUGCACUUUUUGACGCGUUGAAUUGCGGAACGCUGUCCAGACCAGUCGUUGACCAGCUUAUAACACUCGUUGAAGCCAUGCAAGAUAGCGCCGCGCAGGCCGCCACCUCAAUACAUGCCGAUUUGCUUACAAGGGGAUCUCGAACGGAUGAUAUUGGACUGUGGAUGUCGGGCGUCAAGCAAUUGAUCAUCCGCAUGUAG